UGGGAAGUAGAGUCCGCUCCCAACAAUCACUGUUCUCAGAUGCUUGUGAAACAUUGCCUAUACUUGUUUGGAUACCAUUUGCCUGUUUUGGAUCUCCACGUCGUUGCGAGACAGGUAGGACCAGGAGUGGUUUUUCUGCAUUUCAAGCACAGUUUUUUGGGCAGUGGAGUGAUCAUGCAAAGUGUGACACCGGUGGAGCCUCUCUUGCAGUGUGUCACACAUACAAUGUUCUAUCAGUCAAAUAUUCCAGCCCCGGUGCCCAAAUUCAUCUUGAAAGGAGAAUCAAUUCAGAAACACCAAAGCGCGUGUGCACAGCUGUCAGGACCAAGGACAGCAGCCCCGAAGCGACCUGCAAGGGAACUUCGCCGUGCUCAUCCCCCACCGACAGCGCCGAACGCUGCGCACUCCUCACGAGACACUGCGGAUCACGUGGCCGAAGACGUUUUUCACCGGAGAAAGCACCCUCCCUCCAUCGCUCCACGAUCACCGCCCACACGCUUCGUGCUUGCAACCCGACUGUCAGAGUCGCGCUGCCGUCCAGGAGCUGCUUGAGCCGAGCCGCCUGCACCGGGGAGAGAAGUGCACGGGCUGGGAGCUUGUGUUUGACGGUGCUGCUGGCGCAAACCAUGCGGCUCCUUCUGUUGGCGGUGCUAGUCUGGUGCUCGUGCGCGCGGGCCGGCUGCGAACCCAAAAUUGUUAACAUCGGAGCCGUCCUCAGCCAGAAGAGGUACGAGCAGAUCUUCAAAGAUGCGGUGACCCAAGCUAACCAAGUCUACGGACGGGACAAAUUUAAGCUCACGGCCAUCUCCGUCACGCAUAAACCCAACGCCAUCCAGAUGGCUCUGUCCGUGUGCGAGGACCUCAUCUCCAGUCAGGUCUACGCCAUCCUGGUGAGCCACCCACCCCAAUCCAAUGACCACCUGACUCCGACACCAGUCUCCUACACUGCGGGCUUCUAUCGCAUCCCCGUGGUGGGGCUCACCACUCGCAUGUCCAUUUACUCAGACAAGAGUAUCCAUCUGUCCUUUCUGCGGACCGUCCCACCCUACUCGCACCAAGCGCACGUGUGGUUUGACCUGAUGCGCGAGUUCAACUGGAACCAUAUUAUCCUGAUUGUGAGCGAUGACCACGAGGGCCGAGCUGCUCAGAAGAGGCUGGAGACGCUGCUGGAGGAGAGAGAAACCAAGAAUAAAAAAAGGAACUAUGAAAACCUCGACCAACUGUCCUAUGACAACAAGCGAGGACCUAAGGCAGAGAAAGUCCUCCAGUUCAGCCAGGAGACAAACUUAACGGCCCUGCUGCUGGAGGCCAAAGAACUGGAGGCCCGAGUCAUCAUCCUUUCCGCCAGUGAGGAAGACGCCGCCGCUGUAUACAAGGCUGCCCGCUUCCUCAACAUGACAGGCUCAGGCUACGUGUGGCUGGUGGGCGAGCGGGAGAUGUCGGGUAAAGCGCUGAGUGAGGCGCCAGACGGUUUGAUCGGCCUGCAGCUCAUCAACGGCAAGAACGAGUCGGCUCAUAUCAAUGAUGCAGUGGCGGUGGUUGCUCAGUCCAUCCAGGAGCUAUUUGAAAAGGAAAACAUCACUGAACCACCAAGAGGAUGUGUAGGCAACACCAACAUCUGGAAAACAGGACCUCUCUUCAAAAGGGUGCUCAUGUCAUCUAAAUACCCAGAAGGCCUCACAGGACGUGUGGAGUUCAAUGACGACGGAGACAGGAAGUACGCCCACUACAGUAUUCUCAACUACCAGAAGAGUCGACUCAUUCAAGUGGGCGUUUAUAAUGGGACGCAGGUGGUAAUGAACAAUCAGCGCAAGAUUAUCUGGCCCGGCGGGGAGACGGAAAAACCUCAGGGCUUCCAGAUGUCGACUCGAUUAAAGAUAGUGACAAUACACCAGGAGCCAUUUGUUUAUGUGAAACCCACUAUGCCAGAUGGAACAUGCAAGGAGGAAAUGACAUUAAAUGGAGUCUUAAUUAAAAAGGUGAUCUGCACUGGGCCCAAUGAGACCAUCCCAGGUAACACAUCAGGACGCCCAAUUGUGCCGCAGUGUUGUUAUGGAUUCUGCAUUGAUCUGCUGAUCAAGCUCGCUAUGACCAUGAACUUUACCUACGAGGUUCAUCUGGUGGCUGAUGGGAAAUUUGGAACGCAGGAGCGGGUGAACAACAGUAACAAGAAAGAGUGGAAUGGUAUGAUGGGAGAGCUCCUGGGGGGCCUGGCUGACAUGAUUGUUGCCCCGCUGACUAUAAACAACGAACGAGCCCAGUACAUUGAGUUCUCCAAACCCUUCAAAUAUCAAGGUCUUACUAUCCUUGUUAAAAAGGAAAUCCCUCGCAGUACACUGGAUUCGUUCAUGCAGCCAUUUCAAAGUACUCUGUGGCUGCUGGUGGGUCUUUCGGUACAUGUGGUGGCGGUGAUGCUUUACCUACUAGACCGGUUCAGCCCAUUUGGAAGGUUUAAAGUAAACAGUGAAGAAGAAGAAGAAGAUGCCCUCACCUUGUCAUCUGCCAUGUGGUUCUCUUGGGGAGUGUUGCUGAACUCUGGAAUCGGAGAAGGUGCACCUCGCAGCUUUUCAGCGAGAAUCCUUGGCAUGGUGUGGGCUGGCUUUGCCAUGAUCAUUGUGGCUUCCUAUACUGCCAACUUGGCUGCUUUCCUGGUGCUGGAUCGGCCUGAGGAGCGCAUCACCGGCAUCAAUGACCCAAGGCUCAGAAAUCCAUCAGACAAGUUCAUCUAUGCCACGGUAAAGCAGAGCUCCGUGGACAUCUACUUCCGGCGGCAGGUGGAGCUUAGCACCAUGUACCGCCACAUGGAGAAGCACAACUAUGAGAGUGCCGCCGAGGCCAUCCAGGCAGUGCGUGACAACAAGCUGCAUGCUUUCAUCUGGGACUCUGCGGUGCUGGAGUUUGAAGCCUCGCAGAAGUGCGACCUGGUGACCACGGGAGAGCUGUUUUUCCGUUCGGGCUUUGGCAUAGGCAUGCGCAAGGACAGCCCCUGGAAACAGAAUGUGUCCCUGGCCAUUCUCAGUUCUCAUGAGAACGGCUUCAUGGAAGAUCUAGAUAAAACCUGGGUGAGAUACCAGGAGUGUGACUCAAGGAGCAAUGCCCCAGCCACACUCACCUUUGAAAACAUGGCAGGGGUCUUCAUGCUUGUGGCUGGUGGCAUAGCAGCAGGAAUCUUCCUCAUCUUCAUAGAAAUAGCCUAUAAGCGCCAUAAAGACGCCCGCAGGAAGCAGAUGCAGCUCGCCUUUGCGGCCGUUAAUGUUUGGAGGAAGAACCUGCAGCCAUCUUCCUCUCUAGAGACUCAGGAUGAUAGAAAAAGUGGUAGAGCAGAGCCCGACCCCAAAAAGAAAGCCUCUUUUAGGUCCAUCAGUACCACCCUGGCCUCCAGCAUCAAGAGACGUAGGUCGUCCAAAGACACGCAGUACCCACCCACUGACAUCACGGGACAACUCAAUUUGUCCGACCCCUCAGUCAGCACUGUGGUGUAGGGAGCAUGACCCCCGCCCCAGCCAAAGGAGAGAGGAAAUAAGAAAAUGAAAGUGGCGUGAGAGAGGAGAUUGGUCUCGCGUAUCCAGUGGAUUGUGUGGAGGAGCUGAAGACUCAGAACACUCAAUUUGCACCUUUUGAACAGUCGGGAUGACCUGACCGUACAGGUAGAUGUUUGUAGGCUCCCUAAGCAUGCACAGAGCCAUCCGAAACACACUCAGUAUACAUUUUCCUAUAUGUACAAUCAUAUUACUACCUAUGUACUUAAUCUUCCUUUCUGUCAUUUUGCCAACAUAGAUACUUAGUUAACACUUGCUGUUUAUUCCAAUUUUCUUACAUGCCUCAUAGCUUUUUUUUGGGGUGCCAUUUAGUUACGUUAAUAAAUAAGCCAGUUUUAAUACCAGUACUGUAACAUAUCGCUUCCAAGUAGAGCCUAUUAAGCACUGUAAUAUUUAAGGUUUUUUUAAUUUAUUUAUUAUUUGGGCACAAUCCUGCAAUAUGAUAUGUAAGCUUCCUCUAAGGAAUUGUUUGUGUGACCAAUUUCAAAUAGUUUCAAUUUUAUCUACUUGGUUGGGAAGCACUACUAAAGAGCCUAUAAGAUAAGGAUAUGAUUAAUCACGAAAGCAUGUGUGUGUGUCUGAUCUAUUUGUAUUAGAAUGUCACUGACCAUGACAUUACUUAUGUUAACAGAGUUCAGACUCUAGAUUGCAUCUGUCCCUCUAUAUUUGUCCACUAAAAUGCCAAAUGCAUGUUGUUCAAUUAGUUAUACAAUGAAUUCCUUACAUGACAAAUCACUUGUGCUUUUUAACAUUUUGUAAAAAAAAAAAAAAAAAAAAAAGAGAAAGCAUUUAUUUUGCAGCCUGAUGAAACUGCAAACUAAUAUUUUUACGCUCUAAGCCAUGUUACGUUUGGGACUGCCCUCUGUCUUCCUCUCUCCUGCUGCAGUCUCUCUCUUUUCCGGUCUCAAAAGGGUUGCAUCAAAAGGCCGAGUUUUUCAGCCAACCAGCACUCAAUCUUUGAUGAAAAACCUUCCUCGUGGCAGAGGUUGUUGCUGGGGAACUUUUUCAUGAAGGAGCUUGAGUGGAUUUGAUGCAUUGCUAAGCUUGCAAGCGUUGGUUGGAUGCAAAAACAGGCCUUUUCCCAGUUUCUGGAGCUGAGAAAUCACUGCCUUUCUGGUGUGCAGCACCACAUAGCACUUUACGCUGAGAGGGCAUUUCCAAACUGUUACAAAUACAACAUAAAAUCACAAUAAACUUUUAUAUAUCAUCACAUUAUUAUUAUUAUUAUUAUUAUUAUUGUUAUGCACUGUUAGACAUGAACUAACUGAAUUUGCAAUUGAUUUUAAAUGAAGUUAUGAAAUUUUGCACAAUGACAUGGUGCCAAACACAGAAUUUGCUCUGGCCUGCAUGCUGACAUGUAAUUACAACUGCUAUAGUAUUUGUUUUUUCAUUUCUUUUUUCUCCAGACAUGCUUUGUUAUGUGCGUUGUUAUUGAGGAUACACUUCAACUGAAUGACAUUUUAAUAGAGUUUGGUUUAGUGUCUUUAUAUGUAUUGGGAAACUGUAUAGUGUGCUUGUGCUAUGAUUGCUGCUGAGAAUGUCUUUUACUACUUAUUUAAUCACACACACACUUGCAUACGCACGCAUACACACACAAACAUGCACAUGUUGUGUUAUACAAGCAUGCACACACGCUUCAUAUACAGUAUGAAUUCCUUGAGUUCUUAUCUUAAUUCAUUAAUAACUGUAAAUAAAAUGUACUUGCAAGUCCCCAAA